AUGUCCAGCAUCACCAAUGGCAGUAAGCCCAGCCUCAUUGAACGAGCGAAUUUCGAGGGCUUCGCACAGCAGACCGCCGUCGCUGCGCUGAUCGGCAUCGCCUGGUAUAAUGCUCUGGAGCUGAUAGUGCUCUGUUUCGCGACGUUCAAGCGGUAUGGCGGGCUCUAUUUCUGGUGUCUUCUGAUCGCCUCCUUCAGCAUUAUUCCUUUCUGCCUCGGAUAUCUCCUCAUCAUCUACAAUGUCUACGACAAUGAGUUUCCUGUAGCAAUGGAGCUGGUGGCCUGGGUCGGGAUGGUAACGGGCCAGUCUCUAGUCCUGUGGUCACGGCUGCAUCUUGUUGUCCAGAGCCCUCGAAUUCUUCGCAUUACACUCAUCAUGAUUAUUGUCGAUGCUAUUGUCCUCCAUAUCCCGGCUGCUGUGCUCGAGCUCGGGAGCCAUUCGAAUAAAUCAGAGCUCUUCGAGCGCGGGUUUAAUAUCUUUGAGCGUGUUCAAUUGAUUGGUUUCUCGGUACAAGAGGUCAUUCUGUCUUGUUUAUACUCUUAUGAAGCGGUGCGGUUGCUCCAGCUCCGACCACGGGGCCAUUACCGGGGAACCCUGGUUCAGCUGCUCGUGAUCAAUUUGUUCAUGAUUGCGAUGGAUGCCGCUGUGAUCGCCAUGCAGUUCACAGGACUCGAUGAUGUCCAAUUUACUCUGAAAGCGAUGGUCUACAGCAUCAAACUCAAACUGGAAUACGCCGUCCUGAACAAAUUGGUCGUCUUUGCCGAGAUGAGUGGUAGCACCUCCAUGCCUACCGAUCUAUCGGAUUUUGUCGACCUUUCUUACCAUACGCAUCCGCCAGCGGAUAGCGACAGCCAAGCGCAGAUCUUGGACGCAGCGGAUCGAAGUCACUGCACGCGAGUAUCACAAAAGCAAUAUCCGCCUGCUGAGCCGUGA